UCCUUGGAGGCUGAAAUGGAAAUUUGUUGGGAGCAGUCUGCAACCGGUAACCAGGAAUCGAAACUCAGCUGUUAAAACCGCUGUCCCUGUGGGAGGGAUCGCCUCUCCAGACUCACUAAGCCUUCCAGCCUCCUUCCUCCAGCAGCUGCAGCGACCCGGGACCGCGGGCCCUGAGCCAUGUCCUCCCACAGCAAAGUGGUAGGCUCUAGGCUCCGCGCCAAGAGCCCUUCCCAGAGUAGACUGGUGCUGCGAUGCCCAGGAGCAUACACCUUGAUAAUACCAAAUGAAAAUCGAAGAAAACAGAUACAAAGAAUUGCUGAGAAAGAGCUGGAGGACCUGGAGAAGUGGAAGGAACAACACAGAGCGAAGACAAUUUCUCUGGCUCCAAGUCAGCUAGGUGGAAGCCAAUCAGAGGCUGAAGUCAGGCAGAAACAACAAAUACAGCUGACGCAAUCUAAAUACCAGCAAAAGCUAAAAAGAGAGGAAUCUAUAAGAAUCAAGAAGGAAGCUGAAGAAGCUGAAAUCAAUAAAAUGAAGACAAUUCAAAGAGAGAAGAGCAAUAAACUAGAGGAGAAAAGACUUCAAGAAAACCUAAGAAAAGAAAUAUUUACAGUGCAUCAUCAAUACAAAAAUGCUGAGUUCUUGAGCACACUGGACUCUGGGUUAACAAACAGGAAUACCUGUCAAAUUGCUGUUCCUGACUGGCAGCCUUCUCCUUGGAAACUUCCUGCUCUGCCUCAUGAUCACAGCUGGUCCAGAAGCCGAGCUUAUAAGGAGUCUGUAAAGGAGGAAGAAAAUCGAAAAUUAAAAAAGAUGAAGGAGGAACAACGUCAGAAGGGUGAAUUACUGGAAUUUAAGCGACAACAAGAAGAGGAAAAGAGAAUCAGAACUCACCAGUCAGAACAUAGGAGGGUAAAUAAUGCUUUUUUGGACCGACUCCAAGGCAAAAGUCAACCAGGUGGCCUGGAGCAGUUUUGAGGCUAUUGGAAUAUGAAUAGUGGUAACAGCUGGGAUUUUUAAGAAACAUUUGCAUGCAUCUGACCUUCGUCA